AUGCGCCCUGAAAGAAUUGUCACAGCCGCUGCGCUUCUGGCGCACAUAGGCUCUGUGCUUGCCCAAGCAAUGGGGCCUCCUCUGGUUGACGAGAUAUGCCCCAUCGGCCUCAACGUUCAACCAUUCGAGUUCCAAGUCCUGCAGCCCAUUCUGGUCGACACUUUCGUUCCUGUCAACACCGACCUUGUCAUCAAUGACGAUCUGGUCAUUCACGUUACGGAUGCUCCCGUGUCCCUCCGCACCGUUUUAACUGAGACCUCUACGAGUGUAACCCAGCUCACAAGUGCCUUCAGCGGGGAUCCAUUUGAGGGGCCAUUCAUCACUGUCACUUCAACCGCUGGUCCAGGUGAUGCCAAUGAUGGUCCAACUACGAUAACUUAUCCUCCGAAGGACCCCAACGGCCCGGGCACUGUGAUCAUCCAGGUACCGCCAACGACCGGAGCCUCCACACCUUCCGAGAUCGAGGACGAUGUCGAAGUCGCUGGGCUUUAUACUACCGUAACCCGGAGUGUUGAUACCAACGGCAACGAAGGUCCCGUUACGAGGACAUAUCCUCCGACAGGCCCUGAUGGCCUUGGCACGGUUGUCAUCGAACUGGCUUCAAACCCUGAUGAUACCAGCAGCAGCGGAAAUACUGAAACCCCCUCCUCAUCUACUGAGGCGUAUACCACCGUCACUACCACUGGAGGCACUAACAAUGGCCCUGUUACGAGAACCCACCCCCCAAGCGACGGUGGAGGCUUAGGUACCGUUGUUAUCGAAGUGCCGCCAGUUACUGCUGCAACCAGCGGGGACGGCACAACGGGACCCCAAUCUCCAUCAACUACGCACUACACCACCAUCACUACAACCUCGGAAGGAAUUACUGAUGGUAUUGUUACAAAGACAUACCAACCGACCGACGGUGGUGACCUAGGCACUGUCAUCGUUCAGGUGUUUUCAGUGGAGGAUGCUUCCACGAUUGCCACAGGCGAUAACAACGGGAGCUCAGAAUCAGUUGAAAACACGCAAGGGCCCACAGACUCUUUUGCCACCAACUUGGAUGAGAAAACUGCUUCGACAAGCCAAGGACAGGCCGCUCAGACUGAUUCCCCUAGUAGCACUGACGCGUCUGGUGACGGGGACGAGACUGACUCGACCGAAGCCAUGACUGAGACUGGGGCUCCAGCCAACACUGGCGUCAAUAUCUCGACAAGCUCCAAUGGCGGCUCUAAUACGUCUACUGAUGACCUCGGCGACCCCAGGACAGACACGUCGACUGACACCAACACGUCGACUGACACCAACACGUCGACUGACACCAACACGUCGACUGACACCAGCACGUCGACUGACACCAACACGUCAGCCGAGUACAUUGAAACGGAAUCCACUUCCCUCCAAGCCUCAGUUGAAGGCACCCAGCCGGCAGAGUCUCCUUCACUUCCGACAUCGGCUGGAGGCACUGAACCAGCCGAAUCGACUGAGGCAGAAUCUACUAGUCUUCCAGCCUCUACCGUAAACACCGAGACAACUGAACCAACCGAAAUGACGUCAAUUCCUAACCCAACCUCCAUCGACCCCGGCGAGCCAAGUGACUCGACUGGGGCACUGUCGGACAGCUUGGUGUCGACUAACGCUCCAGCUGAAACGGGUACUUCCUAUGAGCCUUGCCCGGAUAGUUUAUACGGAAACCCUCAAUGCUGUUCGGUCAAUGGCCUAGGAGUGGUUGAUGCGGAGUGCGAUUCCCCAACCGAGACCCCGACAGACCCAGACUCGUUUAGUCAGAUAUGUGCGGCCACUGGUCAGCGAGCCCGCUGCUGUGUUCUACCCGUGCUUGGUCAGGCACUUGUGUGUAUGACUCCUGUGGGGGUGGCUAACUAG